CAAAAGAUUCUAACGGCACACCUUCAUCAACACAAUACAAUCAAUGCUCUCUGUUCUUUUCUUUCUCAUCGAUUGAAUUAAAAUUUGUUUUUCUCCAAUGAUCGGAAAGUUAUUUAAAUUCUCCAUGUUCACGUGGUUAAAGUUCUCAUAAGUGUCCAUCCAGUUGUUCGAUAAAAUGCUGAAGUUCAUAACUAAGGGGAAAGCUCCUCAGCCCACUGCUGAGCAGCAGAGACUCCAAAAGGAUUUAUUUGCCUAUAGAAAAACCAUUCAGCAUGGAUUUCCAAAUAAACCCACUGGACUAGCUUGGGAUCCUGGCCUUAGUUUAGUAGCUAUUGGAACAACAACUGGAGCGAUCAAAGUUCUAGGAAAACCAGGAGUUGAAUUUUAUGGUCAUCAUCCCAGCUCUGACCAUGCUGUCACAAAAUUAGUGUUUAUACCUAAUGAGGGUCGCUUGGUUUCUUUGUGUGAUGACAAUUCUCUGCAUUUGUGGGAAAUAAAUAAAACACUUUUGGUGGAAGUUAAAGCACAAGUGUUGGAAGGAAAAUUAAAGAAAGUUUCAGCCAUAAUUGUCCAGUCCACGAAAGAACAUGUCUUACUGGGGACAGAAGGAGGAAAUAUUUAUCUUCUCAAACUUCCUUCGUUUGAAGUAUCAGACACAGUCAUUUUUCAGGAUGUUGUUGUCCAGAAUGUUGCAGAGACUUACAAAAUCAACCCAGGAGCUGUUGAGGCAAUUGCGGAACAGCCUGGCGACCCAGAUACCAUAUUGAUUGGUUACAACCGAGGUCUAAUGGUGUUAUGGAACCUGAAAGAGGCAGCUCCUGUCAAGUCAUUUAUCUGUAAUCAAGACUUGGAGAGUAUUUGUUGGCAUGAAUCUGGAAAACAAUUUAUAUCCUCUCACAAUGAUGGCAGCUACGCUCAAUGGGAUGUGGACUCCACGGAAGGACCAAUUGAGCAACCAACAACAGUGUAUGGACCGUUCCCAUGCAAAGCUAUUCCUAAGAUUUUGUGGAAGUCAGCAUUUCAAGAGCCGCAUGAUGACAUGUUAAUAUUUAGUGGUGGAAUGCCUAGAGCCAGCUAUAGUGAUCGGUACACCAUCACAGUUCAAAGGGGAACAAAGAAACAUGUCACUUUUGACUUUACCUCGAAAAUUGUAGAUUUUUUUACAAUCGAUGCAACGGAUGAUGAAAAAGGUGUCACAACAUUGAUAGCUCUGGCGGAAGAAGAGAUUGUUGGUAUCGACUUAACCAAGGAAGAUUGGCCCAUGUUAAAUCUCCCUUACCUUGUUUCUCUCCAUGCUAGUGCUGUUAUAUUCUCUACUUACCUAUCUGAUGUUCCUCAGUCAUUGUGGAAUGACAUCAUUAGUGUCGGGAAAGUGCAAACAGAAGGACUCUACUCAGAUUCUGAGUGGCCCAUCAAAGGUGGUGUAAUAGAAGAAGAAAAAGGUGGCGUCUCUCAUCGAGAUCUCCUUCUAACCGGACAUGAAGAUGGCUCUGUCAGAUUCUGGGAUGCUGGUGGAGUUGCUCUUGUGCCCUUGUACACAUAUAAAUCAUCCCAGUUAUUACGCAGUGAGGAAGAUGUUGUUUCCAUGAAUGGUGAUGCUGCAGAGGAAGAAGAAGAAGAGUGGCCGCCAUUUAGAAAAGUUGGGUGUUUUGAUCCUUACUCUGAUGAUCCUAGACUGGCAGUCAAGAAGGUUUCCCUCUGUGCUGUAUCUGGAACACUGGCAGUUGCUGGAACAUCUGGUCACAUUAUCAUAGCUAAACUCUCGCUCACAGCAGCUGAAAAUUCUAAAAUCAAGGUACGGACUGUAAAUUUGGUCAGUGAUCGAGAUUCAUUUGUAUGGAAAGGCCACGAAAAAUUACCAUUAAAAGGCAAAUUGGAAGAUGGAGCAACUACAAUUUCGGUGGCACCUGGAUUCCAACCGUGUUCAGUCUUACAGUUACACCCACCGGCAGCGAUCACUGCACUAGCCCUCCACGCAGACUGGAAUUUGGUCGCUGCAGGCACAGCUCAUGGCCUAGCUAUGUACAAUUUUGCAACUCACUCCCCAGUAUUAAGUAAAUGUACUCUAAAUCCAAAUAGUAUAGCUUUGGCUGGUGAUGCACCUAUUUCUAGAAGAAAAUCCUUCAAAAAAUCUUUAAGGGAAUCUUUUCGAAGGCUGCGAAAAGGCCGACAUUCCAUGAGGCAAUCGCCCGAGAAACGGAAAAUUCCUCCUCCUGUUAAUCAAGUUCCUGUUGAUAGAAGAAGUGCUGAAUCUGGUGGUAUACAAGUAGUUCAAGUUGAUUCAAAACCUGUUGAAAGAGCCAUAGAAGCAAGGCCAGCCGAUGAUGGUUUUGGAAGUAUGGUUCGGUGUCUUUAUUUCGCAAAUAGUUUUAUAAUAAGUAUGCAACACUCAACCCCCAUGCUGUGGGCUGGUACCAAUAAUGGUACUGUAUAUAUUUUUACCAUCACUUUACCUCCACGGGCAAGACGGAAUGAAGACAAAGUAUUGUGUCAACUUGGUAAAGAAAUUCAGCUGAGGCAUCGUGCUCCCGUAGUGGGUAUUUCUAUAGUGGAUGGAGCCAAUAAGCCUUUGCCUGAACCAUUUGAAGUCGAAAAGGGCUUGUGCAAGCCUGUAGAUGUAUCUGCUCCUCAUAGAGUUAUUAUAGGGUCUGAAGAACAAUUUAAGAUAUUUGCUCUCCCGAGUUUGAAGCCAUUGUGCAAACUAAAACUAACAGCUGUUGAAGGUGCUAGAGUUAGGAAGAUGUCUUUAGCGUCAUUUUCUACGCCACAUCAUGCUGAAACAUGUCUGUUGUGUCUGACUAACCUUGGAGAGUGCAUAGUAUUCAGUGUACCAGAGCUGCGGCGGCAAAUCAACGCAGCAGUAAUUAGGAGAGAAGACAUAAAUGGAAUAUCCAGUCUAGCAUUUACAAGGCACGGUGAAGGACUAUACCUACACUCAAGCAGCGAAUUGCAGCGAGUUACACUCUCUGCUUCACGGAUUACCGUUCCCCACUGCAGUUUAAAACUAGGCGUAUCCAGUGAAGAAAAUUCUCCCGUGAAAAACACUUCUCUCUCACCAGCACUCCCACCAGCCACUCCACCGCCAGUCAUAACCAAUGGAAUUUCGGAAGAUGAUGGUGACGCCGAUGAGGAGGACGAAGAUAAAAAAGAAAUAAAAGAAAAUGGCAUAACGGACACUACUAGCAGCAGUCAUGACCUGAGCUCUGUGGGUGAUAUCACAAUCGAUUCAGUUCGAGAUCAUUUGACAAACACCAGCCUAUGAAAUUGAACAUUUUUGAAAAUUGGAAAAUUCUUUGAUUCAUAAUCUUUUCUCCUUGAUGGGUCGCUAAAAUAGGAAACUGUCAAAUUCCAUGAGAGUGCAUACGCCAUAAAAACUGUUACUUAAUUCAUUUAAGCUGAAAGUGUAAAAACGUGUAAAUAUGUAAGAAUCUCCUCAACUUAACGAUAGGAAGUUCAAUUUUCAUAAUUUCAUCAAAUCGACUGCCGCGCUGUUUUCCAACUCAUUUCUUUUUUCAUUUAUCUCCGUCUUGCAUUUAAAUUGCAGUUAUUAGUCAUUUGAAUUUCCCAAUCAUACGAAACAUACCGUUUAGUUUUUAUGCACAUAAUUCCUCGCUCAUCACUAUUUUUAUCAGCCUUGGAAAUGGUAUUACCGUAAGUCAUACUGAUCUAUUGGUCAGCUUGGCAGUCAGUGUGUCCAUCAUAUGUUGGAUGAAUGAGUUCCAGAACCGAUAAUUUUUAACUUCUCAGUUCUACAUUCUCAAAAUGUCUCUCACUAGAUCUCUUUGCCUGUAUUAUUUUUAGUAUUCAGCUGUAAAAACUUGUCUUAUCGAUUAUGAAACUCAAUGUGCAAUGUUCAUCACUUGACGAGACUUCAACUCAAGGAAUACUUAAAUAAAUUUUUGUACUUAAAUA